AUGCCCAGCGACGCCAUCCUCGCGCUCGCCACCGGCCCCGACACCGUCACCAGCGUGCUCGCCCGAGAUCCGACCAGGGACAUUGACAAGGUCGCCGAGCAACUCUUCCCCCCAAAGGUUGUCGGGGGGAAGCACUCCAAGGAGGCAAAACGCGCGUUGAAGGGCCACGAAGACUACUCGGAUCUCGAUCUUGCACGGGCGGAGAAGUGCGGAAAGUUCCCGUAUAAGCCGAGCGAGCUGUUCUUGAAGAUAUACUCGGAUGUACUAGACACUCUCGAGAGGAAUCCACUGAUUGGAGUCGUCUCCCCCCCACUGCUCGGGUCAUCUGGAGUUGUGACCCUGAGCAUAGUCUCGACGAUUCCGGAUAUCAUGAGGCACUACAAGCAUUUGAUUGUGAAUUGCCGAUUCGAAGUCAUGCUCGCGACAAACUUUUGGCAGGAAUCUUAUGCUUCGUCGUUCGUACACGAUGCUCUGAUCGAACUAUCUCAGCGAUAUAUCGCAGACCCGUCCAAAUACCGAUCGAAACCCGUUGUCAAGUUCAUUUAUGACCGUGGUUCACCGAAGCAGGUUUUCCAAAACCAUUUGCACAUUAAACCGGAAGAAUGGGCAGGGCUAGGGCUUCCCAAGCCUGAGGAGAUACCGGGAAUCGAAUUCGAGGCAAUGAAUUACCACCGGCCAAUCGCCGGCACCUUCCACGCCAAGUACAUGGUCGUCGAUAGACGUAUCGCCGUCCUCAAUUCCAACAAUAUUCAGGACAAUGCGAAUGUCGAAAUGAUGGCGCAGUUCGAAGGACCGAUCGUGGAGUCGUUCUACGACAUGUCAUUGAUCAGCUGGGCGAAGGCCUCUUCCGUACCCCUGCCACUCAUCUCGGGACCUUUCGCACCCGCAACCGACUUCAAAUUUGGACGGGAGAACCCAGCCGUUGAAUAUGUCUUCGUCCCUCCCAGCGAAGGGGGUGUAGCUGGCCAAUGGCAGGCGCCGGAUAAAAUUAAAAAUACACCUAUCACUGCGGAGGACUUCAAACCGCACAUCAUCCAUGAACCGCACUCCCCGGUUCCGAUGGCUAUGGUGAAUCGUCAUCCCCACGGCACUCCUGGCCACGAGGAUGUCGAUGUGCCUCAGAACGUUGCUUGGUUAGCUGGCUUCAGGCUUGCGCAGAAGAGCGUCUUCAUCCAGACACCGGACUUCAAUGCUAAACCGGUGGUCGAAGCUUGCUUAGAUGCAUGCAAGCGCGAUGUCGUAUGCACGCUGUACCUCUGUCUCGGUUACAACGACUCGGGUGAGAUGCUUCCUAUGCAGGGAGGCACCAACAGCAAGGUCGUGAUCGAUAUGUACACUGCGCUGAACAAGGAAGGCAAAGGUCACAAUCUCAAGGUCUACUGGUACACCGCCAAGGACCAGCACACGCCCAUUGACGCCGCCAAGAAGGACCGCAAUUGUCACAUCAAAUACGCCUGCUUCGACGACCAGGUCGCGAUCAUGGGCAACGGCAAUCAGGACACGCAGUCCUGGUUCCACUCUCAAGAGAUCAACGUCAUGGUCGAUUCCCCGCAGAUCUGCAAGGAGUGGUACGAAGGCAUCAAUCACAAUCAGAACACGCGCCAAGAUGGUUUGCUUGACGAGAAAGACGGUUUGUACCGUGAUAAGGAGGGCCAAGUCGUUCAAUCGGCUGCGGGUACAGCUAGCGGGCCCACAGCGUUGCUCAAGGGUAUCAAGGGCACAAUCGAUCGUGUCCGGGGGGUGGGCGGUACCGGUGGCGCUUAA